CGCCUCCGUGGACACUACGCUCCAAACCUUCUCCUGAAUCUGCUGGAAUAUCUCCACCGCUCGCAUCAUGACUUUUGAGGAAGUUCUGAUCCGGAAACCCGCCGAGCGCGCGCAGUGCGCGGGCGCAGCCCUGGAAGAGGUCCUGGUUUCAGCCAAAGACAACGACUCUCUCACCGUGGGAGUUUACGAGUGCGCCAAAGUUAUGAACCUAGACCCGGACAGCGUGUCCUUCUGCGUCCUGGCCACGGACGAGCAGUUUGAGUGGGACAUCGCUCUGCAGAUCCACUUCACCCUCAUCCAGUCCUUCUGCUUCGACAACGACAUCAGCAUCGUCAGAGUCAGCGACAUGCAGCGUCUGGCCGACAUAGUCGGAGACAAGGCCGAGCAGCUGGAAGACGCGCACUGCGUCCUCAUUACGAACCCAGAUGAUGGGUCUUGGGAGGACCCCACUCUGGAGAAGCUGCACCUGUUCUGUGAGGAGAGCCGGCGCCUGAACGACUGGGUCCCUGAGAUCAGCCUCCCAGAGCGCUGAGCCGGACUCUGCUCCUCACCUGCUCGAUUCCUACCUGGAAAUACUCAUCCUGAUGACCAGGAUGAUCUUGUUUCUGGCUCAUCCCUGGAUGCUCCUGAGGAGGAUUCCCCAUCCAGGCUGCACGGCGCCGGCCCCCCGAACCGAGGGGGGCCACCGCGCCGCGUCACCGUCGGCCCCCUGCACCGGUCCACGCCAAGAUGACUCUCAUUCUUUCUGUGAACGAGGUCGGGCGUGCGGCAGGGGGCGACACAACGUCGACCCUCAUUCUUUGUGCGGAUGAGGUUUGGAGAGGAAGGAGAAGCGAGUUCUGCAUCCUGUGGUCCCACAGAGCAAAUGUCGCCACGUAGAAGCACGCGCAGCAGGAGAAGAAGCGGUGCUGAGGAAGGAGAGGCCAUCUUGGAAAGAGACUUUUCACAGAUGUUCCUCUUCAGCUGAGCAACAUGACAGCAGUUGCAGUCAGCGGAAAUGUUUCCCACUUUCCAGAAUUGUCUUAAUUCUCUAAAGGUUUCACUUUAGAAAUUUAACAAUGACAAAAAUUACUCUUUAAUAUUUUCUUUAAAGUCUUUUAUCUAAAGGUUUCACUUUAGAAAACGACUCCAUUAAAUUAUUGAUAAAAUUAUAUGAAAAAAAAAUUCUGGAUGAAGAUAGAAGAAAAAAAAACAAAAAUUAUUUUUUUACUAAUUCAGAUUUUAAUUGUAAAAUUAUUGAUAACAGUUGAGCUUAAUUUUAUAUCUAAAAAAAAAAAAUUACUGAGUGAGUUUUCAUCACCAGCUAUUUUGACUUAGAUUUCACUUUUAAAAUGUUUUUCUUUUUAAACUAUUUUUAUAUCUAAAUAUGUUCUCUGCAGAUAAGCUGUUUCACUUUAGGGAAAUGACUAACUCCAUAGAUUAUUGGAGGAUUCUGCUCAAACAUCCUGUAAAAAAUGUCCUGAUGUGUUCAAUGAUUGUUAGAAUUAAAAGUUCUGUAAACUUUAAAUGAAAAAUACUCAAUAAAACCCUUAAAGAUUCA